UAAUUUUUUUCGUAGAAAAACGAGAGCCAAUCAAAUAAAAACAAUUGAAUUUUUCUCGUCGUCUCUCCCUCCUCUCCUCUCGUUGAACAGACAAAAAAACACAAACACGGCUCUGUUCUGUUUCUCUAAAGAUUCUUCCCCAUGUUCUGUUCUGUUCUGUCGUAUAAUUGAUAUGAUCAUCUUCCUUCAGAUUCAUUUUUAACUCCGUUGACUCAGAUUAUCGUAAGAGAGGGAGAAAUAAGACUCCGACUCUGACUCGAGAUCCUCUUCCUCGGCCAUGCGACGCUGCUUCGCCGCCGCCAUAUCCCUCUCCAGAGAGGAAUCAACCUUUUUGUCAUUCUCUUCUUCGAAAGUAAUCUUCCACAAGUCUCUUCUUAUCCGUUCAGAUCCAAGACAUGUCCGCUAAUUCUCAUCCUACUACCAAUGUCCUCUGUAAUGCCGCCGCCGGUGCCGCCGCCGGGGUAUUUGCGGCAACGUUUGUGUGUCCUCUUGACGUUAUUAAAACGAGGUUUCAGGUUCAUGGCCUCCCUAAGCUUGCUCAUCCCAACAUCAAAGGUAGUAUAAUUGUUGGGAGUCUUAAGCAGAUCUUCAAGCAAGAAGGCAUGCGUGGCUUAUACCGUGGUCUUUCCCCUACCGUCAUGGCUCUUCUCUCCAAUUGGGCGGUUUAUUUUACAAUGUAUGACCAGCUCAAGAGCUUUUUAAUCUCAAAUGAUAAGGAUCACAAAUUUAGCGUUGGUGCUAACGUAAUGGCUGCCUCUGGUGCUGGAGCUGCUACUACUAUUGCCACUAAUCCUCUUUGGGUUGUCAAGACUCGUCUUCAGACACAAGGAAUGAGAGAGGGUGUAGUGCCAUACAAGAGUACACUCUCUGCUUUAAGGAGAAUAGCUUACGAGGAAGGGAUCCGCGGGUUGUACAGUGGACUUGUGCCUGCACUAGCUGGUAUCAGUCACGUUGCCAUCCAGUUUCCUACUUAUGAGCUGGUCAAAACCUACUUGGCCAACAAAGGUAACAAAUCAAUCGAUGAUCUCAAUGCUCGUGAUGUAGCAGUUGCCUCUUCAAUUGCAAAGAUAUUUGCUUCCACACUAACUUACCCGCACGAGGUGGUAAGAGCUAGGCUUCAGGAGCAAGGACACCAUAGUGAGAAACGUUACUCGGGGGUAAGAGAUUGCAUAAAGAAAGUGUUUGAGAAAGAUGGUGUUAGGGGUUUUUACAGAGGAUGUGCCACUAAUCUCCUGAGAACAACUCCUGCUGCUGCUAUCACUUUCACUAGCUUCGAAAUGGUUCAUCGUUUCCUUGUCACUCACUUACCUUCAUAGCUAAGCUCUAUACUUUAGAUUGUUUUUUUUUAUGAUGAUGAUGAUGACGAAUAGAUGUGUGGUUAAGUGAGAGGUAAACAGGGUUAUUUUUACAGAAUUAAAGAAGUUUAUUUACUCCCUUUUUUGGGGUUGAAUAGAUCAAAACAUGAGUUACGUU